AUCAACUUUCCCUCACUCACUCGACACAUCUCACUCUCGGAGCAUUGUGCAAGCUGCUCAGACCAUCGAGUCUGGCAUCGGACAGCUGCAAAUGGAAGAUUGAGACCUGACGCUCUUUGAUUCCUUCAUUCAUCCCUUUCCCAUUCCUCUCCUCAUCCUCCUCCUCCUCCAUUAUGGUAUCGUGUGCAGCAUGUCUUCGGCGGCAAACUUAUCGACUGGCGGGACCGUCAACCUGUCGAGCUCUGCAUUCAUCGCAUCCGCCACCGGCAAGAGAGGAUUUUCAGAGCCAUCGAGUCGACCUGCAUGAUCCAUCAGAUCUUUUAGGAUACAGGGGGCCCGAUGGAAGAUCAGGCUUUGGAUUUCGCCCGAGUCAUCAUCCUUCAGAUCAAUCCAGAUUCAAUAAUGGUGUCGGUAUUUAUGUCCGCCAUCCCGAUGAUCUUAAACCCCCGCCAGUACAUGAGCCCGAUCCCGCGUGGAUUUGCUCCCAAUUCGCUGAAACCCCUCGGAAUACUAGGGCCACAGGUAGCAGCAGGAUUACAGGAACGGAUCAGUGGCUAUUAAAACGAAUGAACGAAGAAGCCGAGCUGGAAGAUGGCAUCGAUUUCGACUCUUCCUCUACUGCAGAGAGUUCUUCCUCGACGAUGGAUACAGGUACAUAUAUCAGAGCGCCGAUACCCAAACGACCGGAGCGAAGAAAGAUUCUCCCCAAAUUCGAUCCUUUACCUGUCGACGAGUACGCCUAUUCAAGGGAUCCUCAAACAGGUUCUAUCAAUGCUGGAAUGGUCAGGCACAAUUGGAGAUCGAGGUCUAGAAGCGGUGUGGAUAAGAAAGGGAGGGAUACAGAAAAGGCUGAAGGAGAUAAAUGGUUCCCUGAUCUGCCUGGUCGGAGAGAGGAUCCACCGAUGAUCAGAUUGGAUCAUGGCGUGACAUUCCGUUCAGAGUUGGACAAAUACACUGAUUACUUCGAACCUCUCCUGGAUGCAGAGCACCAAGAAGAAAAAGCGAGAUACAAGCGUAAACUGCGCGAGACUCCGGUAGACCAGCUUCAACGACUCGGAGUGACGCUGAGUCGGUUGCAUCCGGUACCCUCGCCUGUUCAACCCAAAUCUGGAUGUUACGUUGACUUUAAACAUCUCGAUAAGCAAGGAAACCCGCUCGAUCUCCCCGGGCACUUGUUUGAAUUGCGUAAAUCUGUUUUGAUCUCCACCAAACUUCCGCUCGACUCCAGCACUAUACACGGUAUGGUCAUCUCAAUAGGCAGGAACUUCAUCAGAGUGCGAGUCGAUCGAUCUUCUUUUGAGACGAUGCCGCCAGUUCAAUACAGGAUGGACAUGGGCAUGUCAGACCAUGUCUACAAAGUGCAGAGACAAGCGAUCCGAUUGAUGAACUUGGACCCUAUAGCAGAGGAUGCAGAGACUUCACUCUACAUGGUCCACCAGGACCUCCGCAAAGUCAUGGCACCACUUCCUCAUACUGCGCCAUCCAGUCAAGAAAGGUCUCCGCAAAACGAGGGCAGUGGAGAGGAACCUGAGCCAAUAAUCAAGAGGGAAAGAGCGUUACACGGAACGGCUCUACGACAUUCUUUGCUCCGAGCGUUCCAGGAGAGAUUUGUGCCAUACCAUGCCAGUGCUGGAGCGAUGCCUUUCACGCCUUCGACGGAUGUUCUCCCUGUACCCGAGAAAAACGAUUCAAUCGGGGCUGAGGUUGUCACUUCGAGAUCCAAGAUUGAGAACGCCAACUCGACCCAUUCAAUCUUGUAUCGGGCGCCAGAGCCCGACGAGUCACACUUGCUUUACUUCAAUCAGCAGAUCCAAUCUUGGAUCAGACGACAUUUGCGAGAAAAUCCUGUCCGGUGCGAAGGGGAUCCCAGGAUAAGUCUCAACCCAAGUCAGAUCCGAGCUAUAGCCAUGAUGCUCAGCAAGAAAUUGAGCUUGAUUCAGGGUCCUCCUGGUACAGGCAAGACCAGAGUGAUUAUUGAGGCGAUCAACUUGCUCAAGGUGAAUCGGAUUGCAUGAAGUCAAUCACUGACAGGAUCGCAGAAACACUGGCAAAUACCACAUCCUAUCCUCGUCACUGC